AUGCAUGUUCCAAGUCCUUGGACCGUCCCCUGCACCGGAAACGCACGACUGACGUGCAGCGUCUUACAGCAUCUUUUCCCCAGCAAUGAAACGUUCACAGGUGGCUCACAGUACUACCAAACUUUGGUGCAGGUUCCAUACUCCGCAAUAUGUGAAAAGGAUCCAGCCUGUUUCGUAACGCCGGAAUCAAGCGACGAUGUAUCACUUAUCAUGCGUGUCUUGACAGCGACCAAUACCAAGUUUGCCAUUCGCAGUUGGGGCCACCUCCCUCUCCCUGGGUGGAACGCCGUCGGAAGCGAUGGCGUCGUUAUUUCGCUAGAAAGACUCCAAAAGAAGGUCCUAAGCGCCGACAGGAAGUACGCAACUCUUGGCCCGGGUCAAAACUGGGGGACAGUGUACGAUUGGUGUGUGGCCAACGGCGUGCAGGUUGUUGGAGGCCGUGAUAUUGGAGUCGGGGUCGGCGGCUUUCUUCUCGGUGGUGGCAUCUCCCUCUUCAACGACAAGAAAGGCUUAGGUCUGGAUCAGGUUGUUAGAUACGAGAUCGUUUUGCCAAGUGGCAAAGUGGUCAAUGCAACUACAAAGAAAAACGCGGACCUGUAUAAGAGCUUGAAAGGCGGGCUGAGCAAUUUUGGUAUCGUCACUGAAUUCGAAGUCAUUACCUCGGACAUCAUUGAUAUCAAUUACGAAGUCAACCUCUACCACAAGAACGUUACAAGGGCCAUACUGUCAGCCUACGCCGACUUUCUACGUGAAGAUGGCCCCGGCGAUGCCGUCGUACAACUGGAGGUGUCGCAGAACGCAACACUGGUCUUCUUUGGGCACAUCGGGCACGUCAGUUCUGCGCCAGAAUUCAAAGCCUUCCGCUCGAUCCCGGUCAUGAGACCGUUCCUUCCCCCAAGUAAUGGCACGGUGGCUUCAUUCCUAUCCGCUGCCUUAGGAUCGUCUGGGAAUGGUGCAAACGGCGAAAGCCCCGGCUCAUACUACCAUACCUCUGUUGCACAAAAGAUCCCCGAUUCAAAGCUGAUACUCGAGGCAUACGACGAGUACCUGAAAGCUGCAACAAUGCUGGAACCCGGCAUGGCCAUGUACUUUGCCCCCCAGGGCUUCACAUCUGCACUAGUCAAAGCAGGCAAGGCGUUGAACGGUGGCAACGUCAUGGGACUCGAUGAUGUCCCGCAAUUCUGGCACGACACAUACGUCACGUUUCCCAACGUGAACCAGUACGGGCUCGCACAAAAGGCCGUCGACUCCUGGGAGGCGGCUUGGACGAAGAAAGCUAAGAAGGAAGGCUCGUUUUUGCCGAUCAUCUACUCCAACAACGGUAACAUCCAUUCGAGACCACUCAGCGGCUACGGGCAGAAGAACUUUGACUUCAUCAAGAAGACGGCGAAGAAGUACGAUCCGAAUGGCGUGAUGCAGACGCUUCAGAACGACGGCUUCUUGAUCAGAAAAGAGGCUUAAAGUCGCUGAUUUCUUAUUGCGUUGUAUUUCGGCUGUACAUUGUAGGGUUGCCUUUCUCGUAACGCCUUGUUUGCUAGAGUACUGUAUCUCUGUAGUUCAUUGCCGAUAUGCCACCCUGGGUUCCAGCUUGGUUCCGUUCACUCGUCGUCGUUGUCGCACUUAUCUUGUUCGGCGGCUGUCUGUCUGGUCCCUUGCACAGAAUAAUCGAGCAUAUCAACGGGUUUGAAAAUGAACACACCCGAGUGAAAGAUUGAUUGAUUAACCUAAUGCCUAGUCAACAGGUUUUGGUCAGAUUGAGGUGGUCAUGGUGCUAGCACACUCGGCCUCUUCGAUCCGUUGGUGCUGUGUUGGGCAGACUAGUGCGUGCUGUCUACAAUGCCAGACAGCCUCGUGUCUCGGAUCUAGAUGAAGCAUGAGGUCCCCUAUCUCGUAGCAUGAUACACGCGAGCAUUAUUGAUCUG